AUGUCCGACUCCCCAACUCAGGAAGAUGAAGAGAAGUUAAAGCAGGAAAAAUUGGAUCAGGCCAGAAAGAGAUUUGAAACACUCAAAAAGAAGAAUAAAAAGAAAGCGAAACAUAAAAAGAGACAGCCAGUGGAACAAACAGCUGAUGCAAAGGAAAAAUCCGACGAAACAAGAGAAAAUGAUGUUAAUAAAAGUAAGGUACAAGAUGAUAAUGAAAACAAGGCAAAUGAUGAAGUAACAACCUCAAAAAGUGAUGCUGAAAGCACAGAAACAAAUGGAGACAACAGUCAAGAAAAUGAGAAAGUUACGAAGAGUGAAUCAGGGGAAGAAAAUGUGAAAACUGAUGCUUUGACAACAAAAUUGAACGACGAUCAAGAUGACCAAGACCAACAGCAACCACCUGUUGUUAAGGAAGAGGUGCUGUCAGAAAAAGAAGAUCAGGAUGGAAAGGACAAACCACUUGAAGAGAUUCUUGCUUCUAAAGAAGGCAAUAAAGAAUCUGCAUUUUUAGAUGAUGAACUUCGUUCGCAGGUGAGGAAGGUUUCAGAUGAGUUGAACCAGUCGUUGGAGGAAGUGAAGAAACUAAAAAAGGAAAACUCGGAUCUAAAAGUGGCAAAAAUAAGCGCAGAAUUGGAACUUGAAGAUGUGAAGAAUAACUACGAAACUGCUCAACAACAGAUUAAACGAUUAGAAUCAGAAAUCAGCAGGCUUAAGACCGACAAAUCCGACAUUAUUAAGAACAAUACUUCUUUAGUCAGCGAGCGCAAUUCAGAUGAGGAUAGUGAUGCUUUUUCAGAUCACAUCUCAAAAGCGUAUAACUCUUAUUCGCAACCCGCAUAUGGUGUGGCAAAUAACGGAUAUCCUACUAGUGAGCAGAUGAAGCAAAAUUUCGCCUCUUGGAAAGGAUAUAACAUUGAUAUGAGAGAUUGGAGAAGUAUAGGUAUGGGACCAAUAUUGAAUCUCUAA